UCGGCAUUGAUGAAUGCACUUGAGCAGGUUUUUUCCAGCAGUCAGACCAUGCUUUGUACCUGGCAUAUAAGCCAGAAUUUCAAUAAGGAAUUAAGCCAUAUCUUUCUGAAGGUAGAAGAUAAGCAAAAAUGCAUCGAUCUCAUUCGUGGGAUGAUUGUUUCUUACACAGAAGAGGAGUUCAACACCACUUGCGAGAAGUACAGAAUAACUGCUAUCAAUUCUUUGUUGUUACAAGACAACUCUUCGUAUAAAGCUCAAGAGUAUCUUGAUGGUAAUUGGUUAGUCUGUAAUGAUAAAUGGGCUAGUUAUCUCACUCGUAUGUAUAUCCAUUUUGGAUGUACUACAACUCAGCGGAUUGAGGGUACCCAUAGUGCUCUUAAGCGCGGGACAAUGUCAACCAGAUUAGCCCUGCUGUCUGCGUUUGUCGAAGUUGACC